CCAGUUACAAGACUUAUCCACAAGUCAGAUAUUUGUGUUCCAUAAGAGUACAAGUGAUAAUAUUUGUCUUGUUCUAUCAAAUCCACUUUUUACGAGUGGUUCUGAUUGGUAGAAAAAAGUAGCAAUAGUUGUUUGAUACUAUUGCGUACAGAAAAAAGUCAAGUAAUAGUAGGAACAGGUGUAAAAGGCAAACAAGAUUUGUAGAGUGUCAGCUUUUUUGUAGUAGCAAUUCUAAUAUAGAUAUCUAGUGGGGUCAAUGUUAACAUAGGCAGUGAACUUACCAAUCGAGGGUAUUACAUGUAAAAGUGAAUCUACUACACACUAUAGACGAAAUGCUCAUUCAAUUCAUUCAUGACAAUGCUCCACAAAACAGUAGCAGUCAAAUGAACGAUGAUGAAAACUAUAAUGCAUAUGUUUUGCCUUCCAACGAUCAUCAGAACAAUUCUGCUUCUUCACAGAUGACAGAAAACAUGCAAAACGGUGAUUUGUGUGAAGCUGACCAAACGAGAGCAUUAAAUGAAGAAAUUGAUAUGGAAGAAGAAGAGGAAGGUGCAGUAGGGGGUAUUAUUGAAAGGAAAUUAGAUCCUUCUACUAUACAGAACACUUGUGAUAUAGAUAUUAACUUAGAUUUCCCAACAAUUGCAGAGGGGUUAGAUCAGGUUCCUACGAGGUUGCCUACAAAAGUAAAGUCUGGAUCAACGACGCCAAGUAAAGAUCGCGGAUGCCGAUCAGACCCAGAUACCUUUUAAAGUAUUGUUUUUUCAAACUGUAUUCCAAUCUGCAAUUGUAUUGUUCUACUCUAACUUAAUAAAAUAUUUCUGUAUUACACUGUUUUAAUAAAAAUCAAAAGAAUGGCAAAAUUGAAA